GGAGCGGUAGGAGGUCGCGGAGCUGACGUCAUCGCCGUGCGCUGCCACGUCUUCUCAGCUCCGUGGUAAUGGUGGCUGAGGAUGAAUGCUGACGGGGCCAGGCUCUGCCUUUAUCUUUAGCUGUGGCUCUGGCACUAAAUUGGGGUCAGGGUCUGGGUUUGGCAGUCUGAAGCCUGCACACUUCUCAACUCCUCAAGUGGGAACAGUCUGUGUGGAAGCAGCUGGUUUGGAGCACUUUACCGGGAGGAGGGAAUUUCUUGCCUGGGGUCCUGUCUAAAGCCGCCUCCUCUUAGGGAUCCCGCCCCACGGGCCGGACCUCCUCCAUGCAGUUGAAACAGCUUCACAACCAUUAACCUGGGUUGCAACUACAGGUGGCACUGGAAGCAGACUGGUUCCUGGACAUGCCCGGUGGAAGGAGGGGCCCUAGUCGGCAGCAGCUAAGCCGUUCAGCUUUACCUUCUUUACAGACUUUGGUUGGUGGGGGUUGUGGCAAUGGAACAGGCUUGAGAAACAGGAAUGGUAGCGCUAUUGGUGUUCCAGUCCCGCCUAUCACAGCCUUAAUCACCCCAGGUCCUGUUCGUCAUUGCCAAAUUCCUGACUUGCCUAUGGAUGGGAGCCUGCUCUUUGAAUUUCUGUUUUUCAUCUACCUAUUGGUUGCUCUGUUCAUUCAGUACAUUAACAUCUAUAAAACUGUAUGGUGGUAUCCCUACAAUCACCCUGCAUCUUGUACUUCACUGAAUUUUCACCUCAUUGAUUAUCACUUGGCAGCGUUCAUCACAGUGAUGCUGGCGAGGAGGCUUGUCUGGGCUCUCAUCUCAGAGGCCACUAAGGCGGGUGCAGCGUCCAUGAUUCACUACAUGGUUCUGAUAUCAGCUCGCUUGGUGCUGCUUACUUUGUGUGGAUGGGUGCUUUGCUGGACCCUUGUCAAUCUCUUUCGAAGCCAUUCAGUCCUCAAUCUCCUCUUCCUUGGCUACCCGUUUGGUGUUUAUGUUCCUCUCUGCUGUUUCCACCAAGAUAGCAGAGCUCAUCUUCUUCUCACCGACUAUAACUAUGUGGUUCAGCACCAGGUUGUAGAGGAAAGUGCCUCAACUGUGGGUGGCUUGGCCAAAUCUAAAGACUUCCUCUCCUUAUUAUUGGAGUCUCUAAAAGAACAGUUUAAUAAUGCCACGCCCAUCCCCACACACAGCUGCCCCCUGUCUCCAGACCUUAUCCGUAAUGAAGUAGAAUGUCUGAAAGCAGAUUUCAACCACAGAAUCAAAGAAGUUCUCUUCAACUCUCUCUUCAGUGCCUACUAUGUUGCGUUUCUCCCCUUGUGUUUUGUGAAGAGCACCCAGUACUAUGACAUGCGCUGGUCAUGUGAGCACCUUAUCAUGGUGUGGAUCAAUGCUUUUGUCAUGCUAACCACACAACUACUGCCAUCCAAAUACUGUGACUUGCUCCAUAAAUCAGCUGCACACCUGGGCAAGUGGCAGAAGCUGGAACAUGGGUCCUACAGCAAUGCUCCACAGCACAUAUUAGCACAGGCCUUCAAGCCCAGGAACUGAGAGAGAUUGGGCCAGGCUGAACAGAAACCUGACUGUGGGCAAGGACAGAUUUCAGUAAAAAUUGAAAAUACAAUCCACAGUACUAGUACUGUACAUCUGCAGGCUCCUGAUGGCACAUGGCCAUGAGGUGCAUCAUCACUUAAUGCUGGUAAGUGUGAGCAAGGCCGGCGGAACAUUUUCUCCACUGGGAAAGCUUCAGGGUGCUAGAAUAUAUAUUUUUAACAUAUUUAAACUGCUGUCCCAGUUCUUACCCUAGGAAACUAACCUUCCCAAAAUCAGGAAGAAAAGAAUUAAUUUAAUCAUUUUUUUUAAAAAAAGCUUAACCUGAAGAUCCCCAUCCCCACCCUGACUCCAUUACAAUGAUGCUGGAAAAAAUGAAGCUAUUUCUUCCCUAACUUCUUUUCCCUAGAGAAAUAAACCAAGAAAGUGGUAAAAAGAAAAGUCUGUGUCAGUACCUUGUGUGUCUGUGUGUUCUACUUAUAGAGCUUCCCAAAUCUGUGAGGUAUUUGAAUUGUUAAGCAAACUGAUAUUCUUUAGCUUUGGGGGAUGUAGUUCUGUAGUAAAAGUCAUGCUAGUUGACAGUGUGUUAAUUUCUCUUCUACUCUUACUGGCAUCAGCUUCCUCUUCUUAUUUUUUCUAUCAUUUCUGUCAGUAGAUUCUGCUUACUUGGGAUGGAGAUGACAGUCUGCCUGCUUACAUUGUUUUCCUGCCCAUAGAUGCCUUAAACAUAUGUCCGCUUAUUCUCCUAAGCUUUCUAAAUUCUUUGACAUUAACCUUAUCACUUUGCAAUCUGUCUGUACACUAUAGCAAUGAAGUUACCCUAACAAAUCCAUUCUAACUCCUAUUUUGACCAUGAAAUUACUAUUUUUUCAGAAUUCAGACAGAUGAAGCCUUGAAUAGUUAUAAUCCCUUCCAUUAAAAUAUAACUGGCCUUGCCAGACACUAUCUUGUCUGUAAUUGUCAAUGCGCUAACAUUGCCUUUCUUUCUCCCUUAGUUGGUCAGAAAAUACAAUAUGGCCUCAAGGGGUGCUGGUGCGGCACAGCAGAUGUUUAUAUAGAGCCAUGGGGCCUUACAACGUGGCAGUGCCUUCAGAUGUGUCCCAUGCCCGCUUUUA